UGUCUAACAUUAGCGCUUCUUAACGCAAGUAAAAAUGCACCAGACCGAACCUUUCGCAGCAGGAGAAGAGGCCGAAGAACCUGGACCAUCUGUUGAGUCUGACAAAAAAGAGGAAAGAAUUAUAGCCCGCCGCCUCCGUUUAGCAGCAAGAAAAGAGGCCAAAACCAGACAACAGCUCGGUGAAGAUGCCCAGGGAAAGGAGGACAUUAAAGAAGAAACACGGAAAAGUCAAAAGGAAGUGGAGCAAAGAGAAAGACGCAUGGCAAAAUUAAAAAGCGAUGGACUAGAGUUGGUGACCAACAUUCAAGUAGCGGCAGAUGCCAGAGAGUCUGACAGGAGAACAGAGCUAGAGGAGGCACAUCGACUGAGGAGAGAAAAGCUGGAGAACGAGGCCAAAUCCAGUCAGGAGAAGUUUGAGGAGAUCAAUCGCAAAUGGACGGAUGCUAAAAUGAAGCAGACUCCACUAGAUCUGAGAGAUGCUCUGAGCAGCCAGCAACAGCUCUGUGAGCAGAUCAUAGCGGACAAGAAUAAACUGAUCAGUGAGCUCCAGCAGGAGCUGAAGGCAAGCGAUGACCGCUAUGUGAAGGACCUGAAAAGACAGGCUAAAGACAUAGACCUGCUUGUCGAGAGGAUGGAAGAACAGAUCUCAACUUUAAAAAAGUCAUAUCGAGAAGACCUGCAUCAGAUUGAGAACUCAUUAGAUGAGGAGAGAAGAACGCUGUUAACUAAACACAAAAAGAAAUGGGAGCAUGAGAUGAAGGAUCGUAAUGAGAAAGAGCUGAUGAAUAUGAUGCAGAGUUUAAGUCUAAUGGAGGAGUAUGCAGACUUGCUGCAGAAGCUGAGGGUUCAGACAGCCGAAGAAUACAACAUAGACAAAAUCAGAAUGGACACAGAAGUACAGAAAUUAAGGAUGAAGGUGCAAGAGACGAAGUUCAACUGUCAUAUGAACGAGGAGAAACUUGAUUACAAAUAUGAGGUGCUAAAGAAAAAAGAGGAAGAGAAUGCCAUCAUUAAAUCCCAGCUGAAGAGGAAAAUUAUUAGAAUGCAAGAUGUUCUGAACAACCUGAAGUCUAAAUUGACCAAACAGGAGAAGCAGUCGAAAGCAGGAAACCAGUCUCUAAACAAUGACUAUACCCGCAUCAGUCAACAGUACAAAGACAUGCAGAAGAAAGCAAGACACUUUGCAGCGCUGGAUGCGGAGCGGCUUGAGAAGUUAUGGCUGAUGUGUGAAGAUGAGGCGAAGGCUCUGACACACAGAGCACUGGAGACAGACAGAGUCAUUCAUGAGCAGCAGCUGGGUCUGGAGUGGGCUUCUCCUCCACUGCCCUUCAUGGAGAGAUCCGGCCCAAUCCAGCAAAAGACAUUCAGGACGGCCACACAGGCUGCUGCAGACACACUGAAAGAGGAAGCAGGAGGAGGCUUAGAGGAGGACACUGGUGCUGCACUCAACAAUAGAACAGUGAAGAGCAUAUUACAGCUGCUGUGUGAUGAAAUGGGGUUUCUUGUUGAAAGUAAACUGCGGAUGCUGUUGUCCCCUCUGGAGAAGAAUGAACAGUCCCUUAUAAAGCUAGAUGCCAUUUUCUCUGCAAUCGGGAUUGAGAGUGAGAAGGAUGUGUAUAAAAUGGCAGAGUUCUUUAUGAAAUACCGACAACAUGAAAAUGAAUAUACAAAGGAUGAGACAGCCAAUGAGCAGGGAGAAUCAGCAGAAGAGCCGUCUGACCUCAUCCACCCUGAAGACCUGCUGGCGGCUCUCAGUUUUACAGCCCAGUUCUGCAGACAAGAUGUUCAGGCUUCGCAUAAGAGCAGUAUUUUGGGGUUGGAUAUGAGAGAUGACUCUGAGGAUGGAGCGUAUUGGGAAAGCAUUGCUAAUGUCAUGCCUGAGUCCAAACUCAAGCUCUGGGAGGCUCUAGAUUCAGCUCUCAACAAAUACCAUGCUGUACUGACUGAAAGGACUGAGCUUCUUGUGGAAACACAGAACAUACAACAGCAGAAUUCUGAGCUUAGACAGCUGCUGCAUCUUUACACAACCUCCAAGGGCCAGUGAAUGUUGAGCUGGAGUUGCAGACCACCAGAAUGAGACUGUUCUCAGUGUGAUGUACCCUAGAAAAAUAGAAUAAGUAAAAUGUAGCUAAUAUUUUUUAGAACAAUUAAAAGUUAAUUAUAAUGAAGAAACACACCAUCUUCAACAAGAGAAUCAGAAAAUAUUUAUUUAAAAACAUGUUAGAAGCAAAUAUAACAGAUUUAUCACUUGAAAACUCUGCACUACACUUUUCACUUUUCACAACUAAAUGGGGACCUUUCUUUAAAAAAAUAAAGGCAUGCACCAUCACCUUUGAUAUUCAUUAAACUAAGUGAAAUUAUUCAGAGAAUACAUUCAGUUAAAAUAUGUAUACGAGCAACUAGAAGCUCAUUAAUUUCUCACACUUUAAAGAUUCGUUCAUAUAAUAAUUAGCAUAAAGACAGAGUUGUAAUGCGUAUCAGUGAAAGGAUGUAUUCUCAGCACUGCAGUUUUUUUCAUUUCCACUUUUCAGCUUUUCCAAGCUUGGACUCUAGAGGGAGAUAUCUGAACAUAAAAACUGCAGUCCUGCAUGUGCAUAAUAUAUUUUAGAGAGUAAGCCCUCAUAAAUCAUUUCAAACAGGAAAUCUAAUAAAAAAAAAAAAAAGUCAAAUUUACUCACCAUUUAGUCACACUGAAGUUGUUCCAAACCUUUAUUCAUUUCUUCUUUCUGUUAAACACAAAAGAAGAUAUUUUGAAUAAUGCUGGUAACUGGUUGGCAACCACUGACAUACAUUUUAGGAAAAUUAUACUAUGUAAGACAAAUGGUUACUAGUUUCCAACAUCUUUCAAAAUAUGUUCAUUUUGUAUCCAACAGAAGAAAGCAACUCAGGUAGCUUUGCAACAUGUGGAAUGGACAUUUGGUGUGAACUACCCUCUUAAAGCUUUUUUUAACACAUAAAAUUUGGAAAUAUUUGUAUUAAACGUUGAUAAGCAAGACGCUCUUAUGAGAAUUUUUUUCUAAGAUAAAGGCUGUUAAAUGAUUAAGCAAUGUGUGUGAUAUAAUUAUUUUUUAAUUAUUUAUUUACUUGUUUAUUUAUUAAUUGCAGCGACACUGUGGCUCCGUGGUUAGCACUGUCCCCUUACAGCAAGAAUGUCAUUGGUUCGAGUCCUGACUGGGUCAGUUGGCAUUUUUGUGUGGAGUUUGCAUGUUCUCGCUAUGUUAGCAUGGGUUUCCUCCGGGUUCUAAUUUAAGAAAUUACCACUCCAAGCUGCUGUUGUUUAGCAUAUAUGUCUUAAUCAUCUUUUAUUAUGGGGUAAUGCAGAUUAAAAAAAGAAAGUAAGAGUUGGUUUCAAAUGAAAGUCUUAUCCCAGUUUUAUCUAACGUCUGUCUGCAGCGUUUUAUCCACAGGUUUAAUCAGGUGCCACAACUUGUUGUUUCCACUAUUCAUCCCUAGAGGGAGACAUUUCAACAUUAAUUGAUGUAAAGGGCAAAUAAGUUCUUUGAGGUGCUGUCUGUAUCAUACAUCAUUGUGUGACGGCUGGUUUUACUUUAUUCCUAGCAGUGU